AUGAACAAUGUGGAGCACAUGAAACUAUGGAUGUUCAUCUCGCAAUGUCAGUUUUGGAUCAUUCUUUGUACAGUGCUCAUUUCACUUCUUCUAGUCGCCAAAGCGUUUUUCAAUUUGAUCAAACGGAAACGAUCCAAUUAUUUCAAAUUUUUGACUUGUAUCAUUGUGGCCAAUGUGAUAACGCUACUGAUUAUUCUAUUCGAUAUACUCAAUUUUUCGUUUAAAGGAACCCUCGUUUGCAAGUUACAACAUUUUAUCUCAAACAGUGCUGCCUGUUUUAUCAACUGGAUUUGGCUCUGCUUAUUUUCACAGCGAUUUUUCAUUCUUUUCUACCCAAUGAAGCGCUCUUCAAGAGGAUUUUUUGGUUUCAUGAGGUCCGGAAAGAAAUUGGUUUUGGCUACAGCGUGUUUUGCGAUUCUGACGCAGAGUUGGUCGUUGAUAUUUAUCGAAGAAGUGACAAUGCUCACUGAUGACGAGCAGUUGAUUGGUGUCUGUGAAAGGGAUGUUGAUAUCAUGAGCGAUUUCGGCUACCGAAUUCUGGCAAUUGGAGAAGCACUGGUCACUUAUGCGGUCCCGUUUUUGUUAACAAUUGCAAUGGAUAUAGCUGUUCUUUAUCAAACAGCGAAUUCCAGUUUCGUGGUGAUGUCCGCUGAGAACAUACGCUCUGAAAAUAGUGCCCUCCUUCAUGUAAACGAAACUGUAAAAAUCCAGUCUUCCCAAUCAAUAAAACAAUCAAAUCGUCGACGUCAUCAAGCAAUGAGGCGAUGUUUAAUGAUGGCAACAAUUCAAGUUUCACUCAAUGCACCGUAUUACACUUUACAACUUUGUGAUGAAAUAUUCAGUCUGAGGACAUCACACACUCAACUUUAUUUAUAUGCAGAUGCUAUUUUAUAUUUCAUCUACUUGUCACAAUUUGCUAUGAUUUAUUUUUAUACGAAUUUGUUGGUUUCGCCGAGAGGAAAAAGUUGUCGCCAACCCCCAAAAAUGCCACUCAGCUGUACUACGAGCCUCACUAGGACCGAGUACACAUCGGUUUAA